CCGCAGCGACUCCAAACGACCUCCCCGCAACUUCCAUUUAGAAGCGUUGCUACACGCAGUAUCUUUGAAUCGGAGUGAUAGUUCUUAAACCAGUAGAAUCUUGAAAGCUUUAAUAAUAUUGAAUGAGAGGCGAAAUCAUCGUAUCAAUAUUGACAGCGCGCGACAGGGUUUCUCCUCGCAGGGAAUGGAUUGUGAUAUUUGUUUCACAAAGUUUGGAGCAGUGUUAUGUAGUACAAAGAUAGUGGUACAUUUUGUUGGAUGUUGGUGUAUGAUGGCUUCCUGCAGCGUAGACGCGCUGGGCACCGACCCGGGCUCGUCGUGGCGCUCCGACACGCCCGACGACCAGACGUCGCGCUCGCCCAGCUCGUGCGCCACGCCCAACUCCGCCACCGACGUGCCCGACGCCGAGCUCACCUUCACGCUGGGCGUCACCGAGGGCACGCCAUACGCCUGCCAGUUCUGCGAGCGCGCCUUCCCGCGCCUCUCCUACCUCAAGAAGCAUGAGCAGACGCACAGCGACCAGAUGCCGUUCCGGUGCGACUUCUGCAGCCGGCUGUUCAAGCACAAGCGCAGCCGCGACCGCCACAUCAAGCUGCACACGGGCGACAAGAAGUACCGCUGCGCGCACUGCGAGGCCGCCUUCUCGCGCAGCGACCAUCUCAAAAUCCACAUGAAGACGCACGACACGCAGAAGCCCUUCCAGUGCGCGGUGUGCAACCGCGGGUACAACACGGCGGCGGCGCUCACGUCGCACAUGCAGAGCCACAAGAAGGAGGGCGGCGGCGGGGGCGGCGGCAGCGGGGGCGGCAGCGGCGGCGGUAGCAGCGCGCACAGCUCGCCUUCGCCACACGGCUUCCGCUGUCUCGUGUGCGGCGCCGCCUUUCGACGCGCCGAGGAGCUGCAGGCGCACGCGCUGGCGCAGCACGCUGCCGUGGGACCGCCCGCCUCGCUCGACGGCCUCCUCCAGGGCCUGGGACUGGGUCUGGGCCUCCUGCCUGCGCUGCCCAAGCUGGCCUGCAUCUACUGCACCAAGGACUCCUUCACCUCCAUGGAGGCUCUGCAGCUGCACGUGCAGGCCAUGCACCGAGCCAUCCUGAACGGCGACGUGCGCGGGCUGGGCGGCGCGGGGGAGGCGCCGUCGCGGCACACGCCCCCGCAGCAGCCGCCCACGCCCACGCCCGCGGCCGCCGCCGCCCAGCCGCCGCCCUCGGCGCUGCCCCCGCCGCCGCAGCCGCAGCCGUCGCUCCUGCAGGCGCCCCCGGGCGGCGUGGCGGCGCCCGCGCCCUCGCCCGCGCUGCCCUGCGACCUGUGCACCAUGCGCUUCUCGUCCACCCACGCGCUGCAGCGCCACGUGCAGACGGUGCACGCGCUGGACCUGGGCGCGCGCUUCUGCGGCGACUGCGUGCUGCCGCUGGCGUCUGCGGCGCAGCUGGCGGAGCACCGCGCGCGUGCGCACGCGCACGCCCUCCCGCACGCGCACGCGGAGCAGCUGCGCCCCACGGACCUCAGCAAGAAGGCAUCGUCCGCCUCCUCCUCCUCUUCUUCGUCUUCUUCGUCUGCGGCGGGGUGA